GUUUGGUGUCUGGUUUCAAAGAGAGGCAAGUUGUGGGUGAGAGGGGACAAGGAGAGGUAGUCUGGGAAGCACAGGAAGCAGCUACUUUGCUCACUACCUGAGUAAAGCCACUUCAAGGACACAGAACAUACAAGCUUCAGUAAAGAAGAAUUUCACUGCCUCUGUCCUGUAGACCAAAGUCUCUGCUUUCCUUUGGUGUGUAGGUCUCUGUCUGGCCUGAAAAGGUGUCAGUAAUAUAGGAAAAUGGCUGAGGCUCAUCAGGCAGUGGGCUUUCAGUUCACAGUGCGCCCAGAUGGUGUGGACCUGAAGCUGAGUCAGGAAGUUUUAAAAAACAUCUACCUGUCAGGAGUGACUGCCUGGAAGAAGAAAGCCAUUCAAUUCAAGAAUGGAAUACUGACUGGAGUUUACCCUGCCAGUCCUUCCAGUUGGCUGAUAGUUGUGAUUGCUAUGAUGAGCUCCUUAUACACUCACAUAGACCCCUCUCUGGGAAUGAUAGACGCCAUAAAGGAGAAUCUUCCAUACAAAGUCUACAUGCAAGUGCAGACCAGAGCAGUUGUGAGUGCCAUCCUGUUUGCCACAGGAGUCUGGCUGUUUUUCAUCUAUCUCAUGAGAUUCACUCUGAAGACUCUUCUUUCCUACCAUGGAUGGAUUUUUGAAUCCCAUGGAAAAAUGAGCACAUGUACAAAACUGUGGCUGAGCCUGGUAAAGAUGAUUUCUGGACGAAGGCCCCUGCUCUACAGUUUCCAGGCUGCCUUACCCAGACUCCCUGUCCCCAGAGUGGAUGAUACCAUUCAGAGGUAUCUAGAAUCAGUUCGCCCUCUGCUGGAUAGCAAACAGUACAACCGAAUGGAGAUUCUGGCAAAUGAAUUCAAAGAAACUGAGUCAACGCAGCUCCAGAGGUACCUCAUCCUGAAAUCUUGGUGGGCAACAAACUAUGUAAGUGACUGGUGGGAGGAAUACAUCUACCUGAGGAGCAGAGGUCCCAUCAUGGUCAACAGCAACUUUUACAUCAUGGACCUCUUGUAUAUGACCCCAACACACCGGCAGGCUGCUCGGGCAGGAAAUGUGGUUCAUGCCAUGCUGCAGUACAGGCGUAAGCUGGAGCGCGGGGAACAUGCACCGCUGAGGGCUUUAGGGACGGUUCCAAUGUGCUCCACCCAGAUGGAGAGAAUGUUUAACACCACUCGUAUCCCUGGUAUAGAAACAGAUAUUGUGCAGCACCUGACAGACCGAAAGCACCUAAUCGUCUACCACAAAGGGCGCUUCUUCCAAGUGUGGUUGUAUAUCGGGGGGCGCCACCUCUUACCCAGUGAGCUGGAGACCCAGUUUCAAAGGAUUCUCAAUGAUCCAUCAGAACCACAGCCAGGAGAACUGAAACUUGCAGCUCUUACUGCAGGAGCCCGGGUUCCUUGGGCACGGGCUCGGUUGAAAUACUUUGGCCAUGGAAUAAACAAAAUUUCCCUGGAUGCUAUUGAAUCUGCUGCAUUCUUCCUGACACUUGAUGAGGAACCACAGGGUUAUGACCCAGCAAAGGUUAACUCACUUGAUAUUUACGCCAAGUCCCUGCUGCAUGGUAAAUGUUAUGACAGGUGGUUCGACAAGUCUUUCAACUUAAUCUCAUACCCAAAUGGAAAGAUAGGAGUCAAUAUUGAGCACUCUUGGGCAGAUGCCCCCAUUGUUGGACACAUGUGGGAGUAUGUUCUUGCAACAGACUGCUUUCACCUGGGCUACACAGAGGAGGGCCACUGCAAAGGGGACAUGAACAGGGGCCUUCCAUGUCCGACUCGAUUACAGUUUCAGAUUUCAGACGAGUGCCAAGACGUUAUUGAAACUUCCUACCUAUUAGCCAGGCAGCUAGCCGAUGACGUGGACUUUAACUGCUAUUUGUUCUCUGAGUUUGGAAAAGGCCUGAUCAAGAAGUGCAGGACGAGCCCUGAUGCCUUCAUUCAGCUGGCUCUGCAGCUGGCACAGUUCAGGGACCAGAGCGUGUUCUGCCUGACAUACGAGUCCUCGAUGACCCGUAUGUUCAGAGACGGUCGGACAGAGACGGUGCGUUCCUGCACCUCUGAGGCAGUUGCUUUUGUCCGGGCCAUGGAAGAUCCAUGUGCAACAAAUGCUGUCAGACUUGCAUUGUUUCGGAAGGCAGCAGAAAAGCAUCAGAAUAUGUACCGUCUGGCCAUGACUGGAUCUGGCAUCGAUCGGCACCUCUUCUGCCUUUACAUAGUGUCUAAAUACCUCGGUGUAGAAUCACCAUUUCUCAAAAAGGUGCUUUCAGAGCCGUGGAAACUGUCGACCAGCCAGACUCCUCAGCAGCAGCUUAAUUUAGUUGAUAUUAACAAGUUCCCUAAAUAUGUGGGUGCAGGAGGUGGAUUUGGCCCAGUGGCCGAUGAUGGCUAUGGUGUGUCUUAUAUCAUUGUUGGCGAAAAUCUCAUCACAUUCCAUAUCUCCAGCAAGUUCUCAUGUCCUGACUCAGUAAGGAUUGUUUUCAUCCCCUGGAGACCCUUCAUUGUGUCUCUCCAAGUUUAAUCGUCUUUCUCUCUAUGUGCUCCUUCUCUAUGUCAAACUCCAGGAUUCCAGUCGGUUUGGUCAGCACAUUCGGAAAGCCAUGAUUGACAUCCAGGCACUUUUCAAGCCGGAAAAUAAUAAUAGGACGGUGGAGAAUGGGAAGUACGUGCAUCUGGAAAAUGGGAAAAAACACAUGUAGGACUCUGUGGGGAGGAGUUUUGUUGGUGUGCUUCCAUUAAAGCAAAGUUCGGCUGAUUUAACUGCACCUUCAUUUCUACUUUUCUGGUCAGCUUGAUCACAGGAGCUGAGCAUUCCACUCAGACAAAGAGAUUGGUUAGCACUCCUCUAAAGGAUUUCUGUUUCUACUGUCUAUUUUACAUGCUCGAGCUGCUGCUUAUUCUAAUUUAAUUUAUAUUUUUGUUUUGUUUUGUCUCUUACCAGUGUCAGAAAGAGACCCUGAAUCUAAUCCAGCCUGAUUUAAAAGACAAAAGAUUUUUUUUGUGGUGUGUUAUUGAUGCUUGUAAAACGUAUAUAUUUUCUGUAUAAACCUGCACUGUGUAAAAUACUUUGUAAAAUGACAGCUUUUGAGCAUUUGCUUUUAAAAUAUGCAAUAAUGUUAUUUUCAUGUCAAUAAAUGACGAAA